CCGGUUCUCUCCACUUUCAUCAUGAAUCGCAUUUACGCGCACUAAAUUGAAAGCUCAAUUCUCCCUAUCUAUGUACAGUUGGUGUAGAUAAGGAAGCAAAUGGCAGCUAUUGGAACUCAUUUUCCAAUCAAAUCAAAUACGAUAAUGAAGCUGAAUUUAGUCGGCCAAUGGGUUUUAAUGGGGAGGCGACGCCUGAAUCCGUUUCCCGGAGGCCGCGCGUUUUCCUCUGUGGUUAAUCAAUGGGACGGCGGUGUUUCGAUGGUUCAAGGUGCGUCCAGAGGCAUCGGCCUUGAAUUCGUUAAACAAUUGUUAGAGAAAAGCAACAAAGGGCAUGUUGUGGCAACAUGCCGGAACCCCAGUAAGGCGACGGAGCUUCAUGAUUUGAAGAAUAAGUUUGCUGAUCGCUUGGAUAUUCAUCAGCUGGAUCUCACAAUCGAUAGCACAAUCGAGGAAACAGCUAAGUCUGUGAGAGAUAAGUACGGUUAUCUGAACCUCCUCGUAAAUGCAUCUGGAAUUUUAACAGUGCCAAAUGUUAUGCAGCCAGAGACCACGUUGAACAAGGUGGAGAGAGCUUCCUUACUUCUCGCUUAUGAGGUCAAUGCCGUUGGCCCUAUCUUGGUCGUCAAGCAUAUGUGGCCUCUGCUCAAGGCUGGAGGCGGCACUGGAACUGAACGAGACGGUGCAGUUGUCGCCAGUAUAAGCGCCAGAGUGGGUUCAAUCGGAGACAACCGCCUAGGAGGGUGGCAUUCAUACCGAGCUUCUAAAUCUGGACUCAAUCAGUUGACUAGGACUGUGUCAGUCGAAUUUGCGCGCAAAAAAGAUCCAAUUAUAUGCAUACUGUUGCAUCCAGGAACAGUAGAUACAGAUCUAUCAAGACCAUUUCAGAGGAAUGUUGCAGAAGGCAAGCUUUUCACCAAAGAGUUUUCUGUCCAAAAAUUGCUGGCCAUCAUUAACAGUGUGAAAGCAUCUGAUAAUGGUAAGUUUUUUGCAUGGGAUGGUAAAGAGAUUCCUUGGUGAUAUGAACAAGUGUGAACAUGUCCGGUUCUAGAUUCUAGGAUGAAAUAAUGUAUCACACCAUCUUUGUCUUUCUUUGGUGGAGAAGAGUGAUUCACUACUCAAAUACUUGAUUUUUUUUGUUGUGUUAUUAAUUACACUAUGUGUUACAACUCAUUGAAUCUUUAUUUUAUGUGUUUA